AUGAAGGAUCUUGGUAAGCUCAAAUACUUUCUUGGUAUAGAAGUAGCACGUACUGAAGAAGGGAUCUUCUUAUCUCAGCGCAAAUAUAUCAUGGAUAUCAUUGAUGAUAUGGAUCUCCAGGAUGCUCGUCCAGCAUGCACACCAGUCGAGCAGAACCACAAGAUCGCUUCCGAUCAGUCAUCUCUACUUUCUGAUCCAAAGAUCUAUCGUCGCCUUGUGGGUCGUCUUGUCUAUCUUUCCAUGACUCGCCCUGAACUUUGUUACUCUAUUCAUCUUCUAUCUCAGUUUAUGAAGUCACCUCGUGAAGGACAUUUGGAGGCUGCAUUGCGCGUUGUUCGAUAUCUCAAAGGUUCUCUCGAUCAAGGAAUACUCAUGAGCUCCGAUGAAAAUCUUGAUCUCUCCAUAUACUGUGACGCGGACUGGAGUUCUUGCCCUGUUAGUCGUCGAUCUUUGAGCUCAUUUGUAGUCCUUCUCGGUGACUCUCCAGUUACGUGGAAGACCAAGAAACAAGAUACCGUUGCUCACUCGUCAGCUGAAGCCGAAUAUAGGGCUAUGGCUAAAGCUACUCGUGAAAUGAAGUGGAUUGUUCCUUUAGUUAAGGAUCUCGGUAUUCCAGUUCUCACACCUGUCUCGUUCUUUUGUGACAAUCAAGCGGCUAUAUACAUUGCAGCCAAUCCAGUGUUUCACGAAAGAACAAAACACAUAGAACGAGACUGUCAUAGUAUUCGAGAUGCGGUCCUUGCUGGUUUGAUCGCCACUAAACAUGUUCGUACUAAGGAUCAGCUCGCUGACAUCUUGACUAAAGCUCUUGGAAAACCACAGUUUGAAGUGUUACUGUCCAAGUUGGGUGUCAAGAGACUUCACACUCCAACUUGA